AGGAAUUUUGGCCCCAGCGCCGAGCCGUCUCCCCUCCCAGGCCGCUGCCAUGGCGGCAGCUCCGCCGCUCUCCAAGGCCGAGUAUCUGAAGCGCUACUUGUCUGGGGCCGAUGCCGGCGUCGAUGGGGGCCCUGAGUCCGGUCGCAAGCGUCGCAAAAAGCGACCGAAGCCCGGCGGGGCCGGCGGCAAGGGAAUGCGGAUUGUGGAUGACGAUGUGAGCUGGACAUCUAUCUCCACCACUAAACCAGAAAAGGAGGAAGAAGAUGAUGGAGAUUUGCCUGUGGUGGCUGAGUUUGUGGAUGAGCGGCCGGAAGAAGUAAAGCAGAUGGAAGCCUUUCGUUCUAGUGCCAAAUGGAAGCUUCUGGGAAGCCACAAUGAAGAUCUACCCUCACAUAGACCGUUCCAUCAUGAUACCCCGGAUUCAUCUCCUCCAAGGAGGGUCCGUCAUGAUACCCCGGAUUCAUCUCCUCCAAGGAGGGUCCGUCAUAACACCUCAGAUUCGUCUCCUCCAAGGAGGGUCCGUCAUGACACCCCGGAUUCGUCUCCUCCUGGGAGGGUCCGUCAUGACACCCCAGAUUCAUCUCCUCCUAGGAGGGUCCAUCACGACUCCCCAGAUCCUUCUCCUCCUAGGAGAGUCCGUCACGACUCCCCAGAUCCUUCUCCUCCUAGGAGGGUCCGUCACGACUCCCCAGAUCCUUCUCCUCCUAGGAGAGUCCGUCACGAUUCACCAGAUCCGUCUGCUCCUAGGAGGGUCCGUCAUGAUUCCCCAGAUCCAUCUUGCCAUGGGAGGGCCUGUCAUGAUUCGCUGGAUCGUUCUCCCCUCAGGAAGCCUCAUCGUCAUUCUUCAGGUGUAUCUCCCAGGAAGGCCCGUCAUGACACCCCAGAUCCAUCUCCUCCUAGGAGGGCCCAUUGCAAUUCCUCGGAUAUCUCUCCCCUCAGAAGUGCCCUUAACAGCUCCCCUGACACAUCUAAACCUAGAAGGACUCUUGACUCUCUGGGUACCUCGCAACUCAGAAGGGCCCGUCAUGACUCCCCUGAUUUGGCUCCGGAUGUCCCUCAUUCACUGCCCAGAACCAAAAGCAGUAAAGCCCCAGAAAGGGCCUCUAGCAAAACUUCCUCACAUUGGAAGGGGCCAGGACCCUCUCAUCCAUCACUCCUAAAGAACAGCAAGUGUGAGUAUGAUUCGGACCUCUCUCCUCCACGAAAAAAGCAAGCAAAAUCUCAUUUCGGAAAUAAGCAGCAUGAUUCUAAAGGCUCUUCUCCCAGCCAUAGGAAAUUUCGUGCAAGCUCUUCACCUAGGAGACAUCAGAGUCACACCUUGGACUCUUCUUCCUACCCAGGUGACAGUCGGAAAGCCUCUGAUUCAGAUCUUUCUCCUCCGAGGCAUAAACAACGUCUAGGGCGCCGGGAUUCUGAUUCAGAUCUGUCACCUCCACGGAAUAGACCUAGACACCAGAGCUCUGAUUCUGACCUCUCUCCACCGAGGAGGAAACAGAGGGCCAAAUCUUCUGAUUCCGAUCUGUCUCCACCUCGAAGGAGUCAGCCUCCAGGAAAGGCUGCACAUAUGUAUUCUGGGGCUAAAACUGGGUUGGUGUUAACUGACAUACAGCAAGAGGAGCAGGAGCUCAAGAAACGGGACCAAGAAUCCAUGGCGUUUGAAGCUGAAUUCCAAUAUGCUGAAACAGUAUUUCGAGAUAAGUCUGGUCGUAAGAGGAAUUUGAAACUGGAACGUUUAGAGCAAAGGAGAAAAGCAGAGAAGGACUCGGAGAGAGAUGAGCUGUAUGCCCAGUGGGGAAAAGGGCUUGCCCAGACCCGGCAGCAGCAACAAAAUGUGGAGGAUGCUAUGAAGGAAAUGCAAAAGCCCCUGGCCCGCUAUAUUGAUGAUGAAGAUCUGGAUCGGAUGCUGAGAGAACAAGAAAGAGAGGGGGACCCAAUGGCCAACUUUAUCAAGAAGAAUAAGGCCAAGGAGAACAAGAAUAAGAAAGUGAGACCUCGUUACAGUGGCCCAGCACCUCCUCCCAACAGAUUCAAUAUCUGGCCUGGAUAUCGCUGGGAUGGAGUGGACAGAUCCAAUGGAUUUGAACAGAAGCGCUUUGCCAGGCUUGCCAGCAAGAAGGCGGUGGAGGAACUUGCCUACAAGUGGAGUGUUGAGGAUAUGUAACUUUUCUGAGGCUGUAGGGGUGGCUGUGGGUUGUGGUAGUGGACAUAGGGCAGCGAGACAUCCAGCUGUAACAGUUGUCUGUGCUCAUAAUCAGGGCCCACACAGACCAGCAGCUUGCUGAAUGCCAGUUUUGACUGCAGAAGAAUAUUUGGUUCCUGAUGUUUGUACUGAAGCACCUGUACUUUUCAGGUGUGCCAACACUGGCUGUUGCUGGCUUUCAGAGGAAGCAUUGAUUUCUUGGUGUCCCUGGGUUGUUCUUGGUUAGGAUUUUUCUUUUUUAAUAAACAUACAUUUAUUUUUUUAAAAUCA